UCUUCCUCACAAGAAUCCUUCAGGAAGUACUCCUCCUAACUUGUUAAGAAUUUUAAUGAAUAUUUUGCCUUAAAAAUGGCGUCAUCGAUAUUAUGAAUCGAGUAGUAAAUUUAUAACUCAAGACAUACUCCUAAGGGUGUUAACACAAGCCUUGAUGUAUACAUUUCUUAUGAAUAAUAGGCCCAAUAGUAGCGACAGGAUUUGCUCUGAGCAGGAUUCAUCAAUGCCAAAGAAUCUUGGCAGCAGAUAUCAUAAUUCUGGCAAUUGGAUGAGGGCCGAUCUUUAUGAUAGAGAAGUUGGAGAUGACAUAUCUUGCGGAGAUUGGAGCUCUGGUAAUAGCAAAGAAGAAAAUUGUUGUCAAUUUAACUUAAAUUUUGCUGAAUAUUUUAACUUUUCAUUUCAGUUGAUAUCUAAUCAGUAUUAGUAUAAAAUUUGAAGCAUUCUCUUGGAGAAAGUAAAGAAAUUUUACUUUAUAUUUUAGGAGAAACAUUAUGAUAAUUUUCUACAUAUUUCUAACAAAAUGAUCAACCUAACCUAUGACAAGUUAGGAUGUCUGAUGACUAAAAACAUCAUGAAUGAGUCUCAAUAUAUUGCAAGGAUCAUCACAAAGCUAACUUCUUAUGAUAUAAAUUAGCAAUUAAGUGAUAGAUACCACCACGAGUAUAUAAAAUACUCAGUUCCU